AAGGCCCCUCAGGCAGCGCCGCGGGCAGCCCGGCAGCCGGGGCCUGGUACCCAGCCUGGGAGGCCGCUGUCAAGGGAGGCGCAGGCGGUUCCCCCAUGCCAUGGAGCCCGGGAGCGGCCACUGCUGCCGCUGCUGCUGCUGCUGAGGCGGCGGCAGACCCCCCAGCGCCGGGCCCCGACCUCGGGGGGCCCUCCCGAGUUUCCCUGCUUCCCUUCAGAGCUAAGUUUACUGGAGAACACAUUCGCUGAACACCAUCCGAAGCAGAACGGGACGAGUCUGGUUGGGGAAAGAAAUCUGGAAUUUGGAAAGAAAUCAGCCAUUGGCAUGGGAAAGAAGGCUUAAUCCAAGUGCGCCUGGGACCGUGACAGGGAAGAACUGUGCAGAGCGGGGGAAACAGAGACUUCAGAAGACACGUCGCUUGCGUAAAUGAGCUCACCAUGUCAGCGCACAGCCACGAUUGCGAAGCUCCACGUAUUUGAUUUCACGGUCAGAACUCUUUCCACUGAACUCCAGUUUCCGUAGCGCUGGAGAAAGGGGGAAUGAUGUCACGCAGUCAGACCAGCGGAGAAGUGGCACAGCCUCGAUGGGUUUAACAGUGCCGACGUUGGAGCUGUUUUCUUCCAAGUGAACUUUGGCAUCAUCUUCUGGGAUUUCCUUAAACCUUGGGAACUUUCAUUCUAAAAGGGAAGUUUGGAAGCUGGAAGUCUGGCUGUGGCCAUGGGGGACACAGCAGUGGAGCCUGCGCCACCAAAGCCAACCUCUGAGGCCACUCCCGGCCCACCUGGGAACAAUGGGGGCGCCCUGCUGAGCGUCAUCACGGAGGGCGUUGGCGAGCUGUCGGUGAUCGACCCCGAGGUGGCCCAGAAGGCCUGCCAGGAGGUGUUGGAGAAAGUCAAACUGCUGCACAGCGCCGAGGCUGUCUCCAGCAGAGAGACCCCUCUGGCCCUGCCCAACGGGGACAGCCCGGACAUGGAGAUCCGCUGCCUGGAUGACCCCCCGUCCCAGAUCCAGGAGGAAGAGGAGGAGACGGGGGCCGCGGGGGCCGCGGGCUCAGCCAAGGGAGACCGGAGGCGGCGGCAGAACAACUCGGCCAAGGAGUCCUGGCUGCUGAGACUCUUGCAGUCCAAGCUCUUCGACAUCUCCAUGGCCAUCUCGUACCUGUACAACUCCAAGGAGCCCGGCGUGCAGGCCUACAUCGGCAAUCGGCUCUUCUGCUUCCGCAACGAGGACGUGGACUUCUACCUGCCCCAGCUGCUCAACAUGUACAUCCACAUGGACGAGGACAUGGGGGACGCCAUCAAGCCCUACAUCGUCCACCGCUGCCGCCAGAGCAUCAACUUCUCCCUGCAGUGCGCCCUGCUGCUCGGGGCCUACUCCUCCGACAUGCACAUCUCCACCCAGCGACACUCCCGGGGGACCAAGCUGAGGAAGCUGAUCCUCUCCGACGAGCUGAAGCCGGCGCACCGUAAGCGGGAGCUGCCGUCCCUGGGCCCCGUCCCGGACACGGGCCUGUCCCCCUCCAAGCGGACUCACCAGCGCUCCAAGUCCGACGCCACCGCCAGCAUCAGCCUGGGCAGCAACCUGAAGCGGACGGCCAGCAACCCCAAGGUGGAGAAUGAGGACGAGGAGCUCUCCUCCAGCACCGAGAGCGUUGAUAAAUCCUUCAGUUCCCCCAUCAGACUGGCCCCCGAGCGGGAGUUCAUCAAGUCCCUGAUGGCGAUCGGCAAACGGCUGGCCACGCUCCCCACCAAGGAGCAGAAGACGCAGCGGCUCAUCUCGGAGCUCUCCCUGCUCAACCACAAGCUCCCCGCCCGCGUCUGGCUGCCCACCGCCGCCUUUGACCACCAUGUGGUCCGUGUGCCUCACACCCAGGCUGUUGUCCUCAAUUCCAAGGACAAGGCUCCUUAUCUGAUCUAUGUGGAAGUCCUUGAAUGUGAAAACUUUGAUACCACCAACGUGCCCACCCGGAUCCCCGAGAACCGGAUCCGGAGCACCAGGUCCGUGGAGAACCUGCCGGAGUGUGGCAUCACCCACGAGCAGCGGGCGGGCAGCUUCAGCACCGUGCCCAACUAUGACAACGACGACGAGGCCUGGUCGGUGGAUGACAUAGGCGAGCUGCAAGUGGAGCUUCCCGAAAUGCAUGCCAACAGCUGCGACAACAUCUCCCAGUUCUCUGUGGAUAGCAUCACCAGCCAGGAGAGCAAGGAGCCCAUCUUCAUCGCGGCAGGUGACAUCCGACGGCGCCUCUCAGAGCAGCUGGCUCACACCCCCACUUCCUUCAAGCGGGACCCGGAGGACCCCUCAGCGGUCGCCCUCAAAGAGCCCUGGCAGGAGAAAGUGCGGCGGAUCCGAGAGGGCUCCCCCUACGGCCAUCUCCCUAACUGGCGGCUCCUGUCAGUCAUUGUCAAGUGUGGGGAUGACCUUCGGCAGGAACUGCUGGCCUUCCAGGUGUUGAAGCAACUGCAGUCCAUCUGGGAACAGGAGCGUGUGCCCCUGUGGAUCAAGCCCUACAAGAUCCUGGUGAUCUCGGCGGACAGCGGCAUGAUCGAGCCCGUGGUGAACGCGGUGUCCAUCCACCAGGUGAAGAAGCAGUCCCAGCUGUCCCUGCUCGACUACUUCCUGCAGGAGCAUGGCAGCUACACCACCGAGGCGUUCCUCAGUGCCCAGCGCAACUUCGUGCAAAGCUGCGCCGGCUACUGCUUGGUCUGCUACUUGCUGCAAGUCAAGGACAGGCACAACGGGAACAUCCUUCUGGACGCAGACGGCCACAUCAUCCACAUCGACUUCGGCUUCAUCCUCUCCAGUUCGCCCCGAAACCUGGGCUUUGAGAUCUCGGCCUUCAAGCUGACCACGGAGUUUGUGGAUGUGAUGGGCGGCCUGGACGGGGACAUGUUCAACUACUACAAGAUGCUGAUGCUGCAGGGGCUGAUCGCGGCCCGGAAGCACAUGGACAAGGUGGUGCAGAUCGUGGAGAUCAUGCAGCAAGGUGGGCGCGGCGAGGCCGGGCAGGCGUCUGGGCGCGGGGUGCUGCCCUGGGGCGUGGAGUUUCCUUCCAGAAACUCGCUCCCACGCCCAGUCUGGGAAGGGGUAUCGCUCUCCAAGGGCUCCUUUCCUGUGUCUGGCUUUUCACUGAGGUGUCCCUCUGGUUCCUUGGGAAAGAGGUGCACAGAGGUAGCCCCAGCUUCCUCUUCCUCCUCAUCCUCAUCCAAUUGAGUUUGGCCUGUUACCAGCACUGGCUUCUUGUCCCAGUGCCCUCCACCC